GAAAAAAGAAGAAAAAAAAAAAAGAAAGGUGAAGUUUCAAGCAAAAAAGGGGCCUGUACUCCUUAUUUCGUCCCCACCACCCAUCAGCUGCGACAACAUGAUGUGAAAAAUGUGGAGCUCAACCCAGAUUACACUUGUAGCCAAUCGAUCACUCGGCUUAACCAAUCACAACCGCUCUUUGUCUUCUAUAUGAGUUCGCUGCAUGAUUUACAACGCAGGAGGAGUCUGAAGAGCCUCAGAGAUGGUGCCACUCUACCUGCUCGUUCUCUGUCAAAUAUGUCAGGUGGCAGCUGUUUACGACAUGAUUCAGGACAGUGGAGUCAUAACAGCCAGAGUUGGGGAGAACGUGACUUUACAAUGUUCUAGUCAAGACAAUACAGUCACAUUUAUUUACUGGUAUCAGCAAAUCCUGAUGGGAAAACCUCAGCUGAUAUCAGUCAGGAUGACGCAGAAGUCAGAAGUUACCAUUUCUGCCGAAUACCAAGACAGGUUUAAAGUCGUUAUGCAAAACAAAAAAGGCAUCAAUGAUCUCAUAAUCUCAGAUCUUAAAGUGUUCGAUUCAGCAGUGUAUUACUGUGGGAUACUGCACUUUAAUGCUGUAGAGUUUGGACAGGGGGUUUUCCUUCAUGUGAAAUCAUCUCAGUCCAACAUCCAACCCUCCAUCCAUCAACCGGCAUUGAUGCCACUUCAACUGGGGCAGAAUGGAAACUUGAGCUGCAUAGUGAACUCUGAACCCUGUGCAGGAGGGCAAAUGUUUUACUGGUUAAAGCAAGGUGGCUCUCAGCCUGCAGUGGUGUAUCCCGGUGAAGGAUGGUGCAGCAAUGAGGGAAGAAAUUGCACUUCACACUUCCUGGUGAAGUCUGCAGGGUCCUCUGAUCCUGGGACCUACUACUGUGCCGUGGACAUCUGCGGGAAGAUUGUUUUUGGAAACGGAACCAAGGUGGAAAUCGAAGAAUCUCCCAAUAUCAACUGUUUGCUAGUGUAUUCACUGAGCGUCGUAUUGGCGGUAUCCGUUGUUGUGCUCCUCGUCCUGGUUUCUAUGAUGUGCAAGCUGAAAAAUAAGACGUGCUCUGACUGCAAAGGAACUGUUUCUCAGCACACAUGCUCUGCAGGCUCCAAUGAUCCUAACCAAGAUGCACAUGAUCUUCAUUAUGCUGCCUUAAGUGUGGGAAGGAACACCGAACGUCAUUUUCCGGAUAAUCCACCUGCCUGUGUGUACUCUGGACUGAGGAUCACAAAAGACUGAAGAACCACUUUGCAGUCUCAGAGGAAUGGAAUAAAUUCCCACAACAUGUUAUUAUGUUCUGAAUAUGCAAUUAAAAAUUUUGUGGACAGAAAUUAAACAUAUUCUUUGUCUAUAGUACUUGUUAACAGGUGGAAAUACCACAUCAUUGUUGAAAGUAUCAUUUUGUGGAUAUUAUCUGCACACCUGCAUUGACAGAUUAUUAAAAACUUUGA